GGCGCUUAAAUCAUGAAACAAUGGUCCCUCGUAGGAAAGUAGCAAACCUACACGAUAAAUAAUAAGAAUAAUAAUGAUAACAAUAAUGUAGUUGUUAAAUAAGUGUCCAUGGCUAGUCGUGUUAUGAUACCGUGUUAGCGCGGCAGCACGGAGGCGUUUCUUUGGCAGGACGUCAGCUGAAGUUGGAGCAUAAAAAGUGUGAGAGCGGCGAGCCGAGCUGAGAUUUUCUACACAACAAUUUCACCCAAAAAAAAGAAAAAAAAAGAAAACAUGGUGCAACAAGGCAGCAAAUGUGGCGUUAAAGACGAUCCCCUGCUUAAAGCGGGACAUCCUCCUGCAGUGAAGGCUGGGGGUAAACGGGUGGCAAAGAAAAGCUUGGAUGAGGCCAGCACCCAUGGGACUCCAGAGAAGGAUACGAGGAGAUCUGAGAAAUCCAGGCCUGUUUCCACUGCCAACAGGAUGCAACGAGUUGGUCUCCUUCUGUCAGGAACUCUUGAUAAGUUGAGCCAUGACUUUCCAGAGACGCCGGUGAGCGUGAGGCACAGCAAAGUGCGACCUGCUGUGGAGAAGCUGCAUUCUCCCCGGACCUUCUUUAUCCAGCAGCCCAGGAAGUACUGAAGAUGCGGUCCAUGCUAAAGGCACCUGACAUAAGCAUUGUGUGCUUGUAGAUAAGCUUUCUUCUCCUGUUUACACUUUUGAGUAUACUCAAUCAGCCUCCAUGUCCCCUUUUUAUAACAUAUGGUGACUAUUAAACACUCUGGAAAAUUAGGGUUCUUCUGUUUAAAUGUGGUGAUUCCCCAUUGAACCAUAUUUGUACUGCUCGCCACUUGAUGCAGUUAAUAAAACAAAUGUAUAGCUUUGUA